AUGCAGCCGCCCCGGCCGGCGCACGAGCACGACGACGUGUUCGACGAGCACAUGGAGGCUGCCGUGAGGCGGUACCAGUCCAGCCUCAGCCUGCCGGUCACCGGCCGGCUCGACUCCUCGACGCUCGGCCGGAUCAUGACCAAGCGCUGCGGCGUAGCCGACGGCGCCGACGACGGCAUGUCCGUGUCCCUCUCGGCGGAGGCGGCGGCGGCUGGCACUGGCAGCCGGUUCACGUUCCUCGACGACCAGCCGUGGUGGAUGCGGUCGCACCCGCGGGUCCUGACGUACGCGGUCUCGCCUACGGCCACCGUCGGCGGCUACCUGCCGCCCGAGGCCGUGCGCGCCGAUUUCCGGAGCGCGUUCGCGCGGUGGGCGAGGGUCAUCCCCGUGGAGUUCGUCGAGACCGACUACUACCACGGCAAGCCCGACAUCAUGGUGGGUUUCUACGAGGGCGACCACGGGGACGGCUCGCCGUUCGACGGGCGGUACGGCGAGUUAGCCCACGCGUACACCUCAGACGACGGGUACAUCCACUUCGACGCGGCGGAGCACUGGUCAGUGGACGUGGGCAGUGACACUGACACGGGGGACUCGGCCGUGGACCUGGAGACCGUGGCCACACACGAGAUCGGGCACAUCCUUGGGCUAGGGCACUCGUCGUCGCCGGAGGCGAUCAUGUACCCCUAUAUCAACGCCAUGCGAAGGAAGGUGGAGCUCAGCGCGGACGACAUCGACGGCGUCCUGCUGCUGUACGGGUCCAACCCGCGGUUUAGGCACGAGCAAGCGCGAGAGCACCCCGCGCCGCCGCGGAGCGUUUCCUCUGUUGCGCCAGGAAGGAGCAGCUGGCUUCCUUGUUCAGUUAGCUUAGUUUGUAUAGUUUUGGUCAUGCUAGUGACACUUGUAAAAUAG